AUGUCUCUCACUUCUGAGCAGAUUCAAACCAUCAAGGCCACUGUGCCGGUCCUCCAGGUCCAUGGCAAAGCCAUCACCACAGUGUUCUACAAGAACAUGCUGGCCGCUCAUCCCGAUCUGUAUUCCGUAUUCAACAAGGCCAACCAAGACAACGGCCACCAGCAGCGUGCUCUAGCCGACGCGCUCUUCGCCUACGCUUCAUACAUCGACAACUUGGGUGUCCUUACCCCGGCCGUCGAACUGAUGUGCCACAAACACGCCUCACUCUGCAUCCAGCCCGACCAGUACCAGAUAGUGGGCAAAUAUCUUUUAGAAGCCAUGGCCAUCGUGCUAGGCGACGCCCUCACCCCAAUCAUCCACGACGCCUGGGCCGCAGCUUACUGGCAACUCGCCAAUCUGAUGAUUGGCCGCGAGGCCCAGCUCUACCAAGCCGCUAACGGCUGGACCCAAUUCCGCGAUUUCCGCGUCAUCCGCAAGAUCCCCGAUUCUGCAGAAAUCACUUCUUUCCACCUGGCCCCGGUGGACAACCAGCCCCUUCCGGUCUUCCGCCCUGGCCAGUUUAUCUCCGUGCAGGUCGACGUGCCAGAGCUGAAUCACCCACAGGCAAGGCAGUACUCGCUCAGUGACCAGCCACUCUCCGAUCACUACCGCAUCAGUGUGAAGCGCGAAGUCGGUCAGGAGAACGGCCAUGCGGGCUACGUGUCCAACAUUCUGCAUGAUCAGGUCCAGGAAGGCGACGUGGUUAAAGUGUCGCAUCCCUACGGUGACUUCUUCCUUGACGUGGACGCCGCUAGCUCGCGUCCCAUUGUGCUUCUCGCCGCGGGAGUCGGACUCACCCCGUUGACUUCCAUGCUGAACACAAUCUCAUCUCAGUCCGGGACGAAGUCUGCGUCACGACGCAUCCACUUCGUGCAUGGCGCGCGCACCACGGAUGUACGUGCAUUUCGAGCAGAAAUCCAGUCCCUAGUGGAGAAAUUGCCGAAUCUGCACGCGACGUUCUUCACGAGCUAUCCCGCGGAGGGGGAUAAGCCCGGCGUGGACUACGAUCACGAGGGACGCGUGGAUCUGGGCAAGAUGGACGGGGUAAAGGAUUUGUUCCUGGAUGAUGCGAUGACGGAGUAUUAUAUCUGUGGACCGACGGGGUUCAUGGUUUCAAUGAAAGAGGGGCUGUUAAAACGGGGGGUUAGUGGCGAUCGGAUUAAGAUGGAGUUGUUUGGGACGGGGGGAGUUAAUUAG